GAAGUUUAGUUCUCGACUUUGAUUGGUCGCUUUCGCAGCAUCGUUCGUUUGACAAGUAAAACAGUGGUCCGCAGGAAAAGAAAGCUCCGUGCGCUAUCUUCAUUUGUACACUGCAAAGAUGUCUGAGGAGCGAUCUGAAAGAUCCGAUGGGAGGAUUGUCAAGAUGGAGAUCGACUACAGUUCAACUGUAGACCAGCGUCUCCCGGAAUGUGAAAAAAUGGCUAAAGAGGGCAAGUUGCAGGAAGCUAUCGAGAGCUUGUUAUCAUUGGAGAAGCAAACCAGAACAGCAUCAGACAUGGUAUCAACCUCCAGAAUCCUUGUGGCUGUGGUUCAGAUGUGUUAUGAAGCCAAGGACUGGGAUGCACUCAAUGAAAACAUCAUGCUACUCACCAAACGGAGGAGUCAGCUCAAACAGGCUGUUGCCAAAAUGGUCCAAGAAUGCUACAAGUAUGUGGAUGCUGUGACUGAUCUCACCAUCAAGCUGAGGCUAAUCGACACACUUCGCACUGUGACAGCUGGAAAGAUCUAUGUGGAGAUCGAGCGUGCCAGGCUAACAAAGACCUUAGCUAAUAUCAAGGAGCAAAAUGGAGAGGUCAAAGAGGCAGCUGCCAUUCUUCAAGAAUUACAGGUGGAGACAUAUGGCUCAAUGGAGAAAAAGGAGAAGGUGGAGUUUAUAUUGGAACAGAUGAGGCUUUGCAUUGCUGUCAAGGAUUACAUUCGUACCCAGAUCAUCAGCAAGAAGAUAAACACCAAGUUUUUCCAAGAGGAGGGCACAGAGGAGCAGAAGUUGAAGUACUACAACCUGAUGAUUCAGGUGGACCAGCAUGAGGGCUCCUACCUGUCCAUCUGCAAACACUACAGGGCCAUUUAUGAUACCCCUUGCAUCUUGGAGGACAGCAGCAAGUGGCAACAGGCCCUGAAGAGUGUGGUGCUCUAUGUGAUUCUUUCACCCUAUGAGAACGAGCAGUCAGACCUUGUGCACAGAAUCAGUGGAGACAAGAAACUGGAAGAAAUCCCGAAAUACAAGGACCUUCUGAAACAGUUCACUACCAUGGAGUUAAUGCGCUGGGCCUCCUUGGUGGAGGAUUAUGGGAAAGAGCUGAGAGACGGAUCACCCAACAGCCCUGCAACAGAUGUCUUCUCUUAUACAGAGGAAGGGGAGAAAAGGUGGAAGGACCUGAAGAAUAGAGUGGUCGAGCAUAACAUCCGAAUAAUGGCCAAAUAUUACACGAGAAUCACAAUGAAAAGGAUGGCUAACCUUCUUGACCUCUCUGUUGAUGAGUCGGAGGAGUUCCUCUCCAGCCUAGUUGUAAACAAGACCAUCUACGCCAAGGUUGACCGGCUGGCUGGCAUCAUCAACUUUCAGCGGCCCAAAGACCCCAAUGACCUGCUCAACGACUGGUCACACAAACUCAACUCACUUAUGUCUCUGGUCAACAAGACCACACAUCUCAUUGCCAAGGAGGAAAUGAUUCAUAAUCUGCAGUGAAAUGUUUAUGUUUUGAUUCAUAUUUUGUUUUUCCCUCUGUGGAAAUGUUUUUGACUACACAGUAUAAUGGCAGCCUGUGAAAGCAAUCUAAUUCCAAUGUGAUAGAAUUAGCAAAAAAAAGUCUUCAACACACAUGAACAUGCAAACACUUAUCCUUUGCAUCUCACUCUGGACUGGAUAUUCAAAGUGUUACACAUUGCCAUUUGAUGUAAUAUAUACAGUAGUUUAGCCUCUGUUUCUUUAUAAAAACCUGGCUUUCAAUGUACAUCUAGCAAUGUAAACAAUAAACUUCUGACAUUUGGUUAACAGUUA